CUAGCGCGUCUGAGCAGUUCAGUCUCUGCUCAUUGCCUGCCUGAGCUGAAGAAAAAUGUGUGUGUUGGGAGGUGAAGGAUUACAGCAGCAGUUGAAUCUUGAAGCGGAGGGUCCAACAUGGCGGCGGUGGACGUGGAGGAUGAGAGUAUUUUAGCCUCCAUCUUCAAGGACAGCUUCCCGGACAGCUGGAGGCAGAACCCGGACUUCACCGCCUACCUGUCCGAGCUCAGCUCCUUCGGCCUGGAGAAGCUGAGCCGGGAGCCGGAGCGGCUGGCGGAGGAGCGGGCUCUCAUCCUGCAGCAGACCCGGGAACUGGCCUUCUCCAACUACCGGACCUUCAUCCGCACCGCCGACUGCACCGAGCGGAGCCAUCGGGACUUCAGCCGGGUGGAGGCCAGCGUGUCCCGGCUGCUUGACAAGCUGCCCGGCUUCACGGAGAGAUGCAGGGGUUUCAUGAAGGAGGCGGAGGACAUCGGAGCCAGUCGCCGCAUGAACAGCCUCACGCUGAACCGCCACACCGAAAUCCUGGAGAUCCUGGAGAUCCCGCAGCUCAUGGACACCUGCGUCCGCAACGGCUACUACGAGGAAGCUCUGGAGCUGGCGGCGUACGUCAAGAGGCUGGAGAAGAAGCACUCCUCGCUUCCGGUCAUCCAGGGAAUCGUUCGUGAAGUGCGUCAGUCGACUCAGCUGAUGCUCAACCAGCUGUUGCAGCAGCUGCGUAGUAACUCCCAGCUUCCCGUCUGCCUCCGCGUCAUCGGCUACCUGCGGCGGAUGGACGUGUUCACGGAGGCGGAGCUGCGGGUGAAGUUCCUGCAGGCUCGCGGCACCUGGCUGCACUCCAUCCUCGCCGCCAUCCCCGACGACGACCCUUACUUCCACAUCACCAAAACCAUCGAGGCCUGCAGAGUCCACCUCUUCGACAUCAUCACGCAGUACCGGGCCAUCUUCUCUGAUGAGGACCCGCUGGUGCCCCCCGCCGGCGGGCAGGUGAACGAAAGCGCCAUCUUCCACGGCUGGGUGGUGCAGAAGGUGGCGGAGUUCCUGGAGACGUUAGAGAGGGACCUGCAGCGGGGCGUGGGGGGCCGCCUGGACUCCCUGCUGGGUCAGUGCAUGUACUUCGGCCUGUCCUUCAGCAGGGUGGGGGCGGACUUCCGCGGGCAGCUGGCGCCCAUGUUCCAGAUGGUGGCGGCGGACACCUUCCGCAGAGCCGUGCAGGAGGCGGUGGACAAGUUCCAGGAGGACAUGAACCUGUACACGCUCAUCUCCCUGCCCUCAGUGCUGGGAGGGACCAUCCCCCCCGUGGCCCCCAGCACCCAGCCCGGCACCCUGCAGCCCCCCAUGUCCCUGCUGGACUUCCAGCCGCUCGCCUGCUUCCUCAACAACGUCCUGACCGCCUUCAACGACCUGCGGCUCUGCUGCCCGGUCGGACUGGCGCAGGACGUCACCAGGUGCCUCGAGGACGCCCUGAAGAUGGUGACCCGGCAGGUGGUGGUGUUCCACCGGGCGGAGGAGUCGGCCUUCAGCAGCCGGGAGAAGGAGCUGUUUGUUCAGUUCUGCUGCGCGUACGCCGAAGAUCUGCUGCCGUUCCUCAACCGCUGCCUGCAGGUCCUGUUUCCUCCGGCGCAGCUCGCUCUCACUCUGGGCGUUCCUGCGACUCACCUGCACAGGUACGACAGUCUGGGCUGCAUCGACGUCGCCGCCGUUCUCGAGCCGCUGAGCUUCAUCCUUCCACAGAGAGAGACGCCGCCGCCGCUGCCUGCGCCCGACGUCAUCGACAUCGACGCGGAGCUGAGCAGUCUGACGUUCGACUCGCGACCCAAAGAACCAACGACAGACCAGAAAGACCAGAACCGGUCCGGUCCCACAGACUCUGAACCGGAGCCGGGACCUGAACUCACAGAGCCCACGUCUGAGGAGCGAGACGAUGGGACGGUUGAGGACGAGUUUUCUUUGGAGUAGCUGAACGUCUCUGUGGGUUUGGGACUGUGGGAGCUGGUGAUGGAUGUCUUAUGUUUAUGGAUGUGGUUUUAUGGUCUAAAUGAUGAAUUAAAACUCUUUAACAGCUUUA